CUGCCUUUUUGAUGAGCCUUAUAGCACCUGUGGAUACAGUCAACCUGAUGACGAUGACUUUAACUGGGAGCAAGUGAACACCUUGAGCAAACCAGCUUCUGACCCAUGGAUGCCGUCAGGCUCUUUCAUGCUGGUGAACACAUCUGGUAGACCUGAGGGACAGAAGGCUCAUCUCUUUCUACCUCAGUUGAAAGAAAAUGACACCCACUGCAUCGAUUUUCAUUAUUUUGUGUCCAGCAAAAGUACUUCUGCUCCUGGAUUACUCAAUGUCUACGUCAAGGUCAAUAAUGGGCCUUUGGGAAAUCCCAUCUGGAAUGUCACUGGAGACCCGACACGCACAUGGCACAGGGCCGAGCUGGCAAUUAGUACUUUUUGGCCAAACUUUUAUCAGGUGAUUUUUGAAGUAGUCACAUCUGGACAUCAUGGCUACCUAGCUAUUGAUGAAGUGAAGGUGCUAGGACAUCCAUGUACCAGAACUCCUCAUUUCCUGAGGAUUCAGAACGUUGAAGUGAAUGCCGGCCAGUUUGCCACCUUCCAGUGCAGCGCCAUCGGCAGGACCGUGGCUGGAGACAGACUGUGGUUACAGGGCAUUGAUGUACGAGAUGCUCCUCUAAAGGAAAUCAAGGUGACAAGUUCCCGACGAUUCAUAGCUUCAUUUAGUGUCGUGAAUACUACAAAAAGGGAUGCUGGAAACUACCGCUGCAUGAUUCGCACUGAAGGAGGUGUUGGCCUAUCAAAUUAUGCAGAGCUGGUAGUUAAAGAGCCGCCUGUUCCCAUCGCCCCACCACAGCUGGCUUCUGUGGGUGCCACCUACUUGUGGAUCCAGCUCAAUGCAAACUCCAUCAAUGGUGAUGGGCCUAUCGUGGCCCGGGAGGUGGAGUAUUGCACGGCUAGCGGAAGCUGGAGUGACCGGCAGCCAGUGGACUCCACAAGCUACAAGAUCGGCCACCUGGACCCUGACACCGAGUACGAGAUCAGUGUGCUGCUCACCCGGCCAGGCGAGGGUGGCACGGGGUCCCCAGGGCCUGCUCUCAGGACAAGAACCAAAUGCGCUGAUCCCAUGCGUGGCCCAAGAAAACUGGAAGUAGUAGAAGUCAAAUCUCGACAAAUCACUAUUCGCUGGGAGCCCUUUGGGUAUAAUGUAACUCGUUGCCAUAGUUACAAUCUCACAGUGCAUUACUGCUACCAAGUUGGAGGACAGGAACAGGUUCGUGAUGAAGUCAGCUGGGAUACAGACAACUCACACCCUCAACAUACCAUCACUAACCUGUCUCCGUACACCAACGUCAGUGUGAGGCUUAUCCUUAUGAACCCGGAGGGACGGAAGGAAAGCCAAGAGCUUAUCGUGCAGACAGAUGAAGAUCUCCCAGGUGCUGUUCCUACUGAAUCCAUCCAAGGAAGUACCUUUGAAGAGAAGAUUUUUCUUCAAUGGCGAGAACCAACUCAAACAUAUGGAGUAAUCACUUUAUAUGAGAUCACCUACAAAGCAGUCAGUUCCUUUGACCCAGAAAUUGAUUUAUCCAAUCAAAGUGGAAGAGUUUCAAAACUGGGAAAUGAAACCCAUUUUCUGUUUUUUGGGCUGUAUCCGGGGACCACAUACUCCUUCACCAUCCGUGCCAGCACAGCAAAGGGGUUUGGACCUCCAGCAACAAAUCAGUUCACCACCAAAAUAUCAGCACCCUCCAUGCCGGCGUAUGAGCUGGAGACCCCUCUGAAUCAGACGGACAACACAGUGACAGUCCUGCUGAAACCUGCUCAGAGCAGAGGGGCCCCUGUCAGUGUGUAUCAAAUAGUUGUGGAGGAAGAACGUCCUCGAAGAACUAAAAAGACCACAGAAAUUUUGAAAUGCUACCCAGUGCCAAUUCACUUCCAGAAUGCUUCACUACUCAACUCCCAGUACUACUUUGCUGCAGAAUUCCCAGCAAAUAGCCUCCAGGCUGCACAGCCUUUUACUAUUGGUGAUAAUAAGACAUACAAUGGGUAUUGGAACACUCCUCUACUCCCCCAUAAAAGCUACAGAAUUUAUUUCCAAGCUGCUAGUAGAGCCAACGGGGAAACCAAAAUAGACUGUGUUCGAGUAGCCACAAAAGGAGCUGCCACUCCAAAGCCAGUCCCAGAGCCUGAGAAACAAACAGACCAUACUGUUAAAAUUGCUGGAGUCAUUGCUGGCAUCUUGCUCUUCGUUAUUAUCUUUCUUGGAGUUGUGUUGGUAAUGAAGAAAAGGAAACUCGCCAAGAAGCGGAAGGAGACAAUGAGCAGCACUCGGCAGGAGAUGACUGUGAUGGUGAACUCGAUGGACAAGAGCUAUGCUGAGCAGGGCACUAACUGUGACGAGGCUUUUUCCUUCAUGGACACCCACCACCUGAACGGCAGGUCUGUGUCCUCACCAUCAUCCUUUACAGUGAAAACAAGUACACUGAGCACAUCGGUGCCUGCUUCCUAUUACCCAGAUCCAUUUGUGCCAACUGCAAUUUUAGUGCCAAUCAAUGAUGAGACCCACACGAUGACCAGUGACACCAGCAGCGUGGUUCAGUCACACACUUACAAGAAGCGUGAGCCAGCCGACGUGCCAUACCAGACUGGGCAGCUGCACCCAGCCAUCCGCGUGGCAGACCUGCUGCAGCACAUCACACAGAUGAAAUGCGCCGAGGGAUACGGCUUCAAGGAGGAGUACGAGAGCUUCUUUGAAGGGCAGUCUGCACCAUGGGACUCUGCUAAAAAGGAUGAGAACAGAAUGAAGAACAGAUAUGGGAACAUCAUUGCGUAUGAUCAUUCCCGGGUGAGGCUGCAGACAAUAGAAGGAGAGAACAACUCAGACUAUAUCAAUGGGAACUAUAUUGAUGGUUAUCAUCGACCCAAUCAUUACAUUGCAACACAAGGACCCAUGCAAGAGACCAUCUAUGACUUCUGGAGAAUGGUGUGGCAUGAAAACACUGCAAGCAUAAUUAUGGUGACCAACCUUGUGGAAGUUGGAAGAGUCAAGUGCUGCAAAUACUGGCCAGAUGACACAGAGAUAUACAAAGACAUUAAAGUUACUCUAAUAGAAACAGAGCUGCUAGCAGAAUAUGUGAUAAGAACAUUUGCUGUUGAAAAGAGAGGUGUUCAUGAAAUCCGGGAAAUCAGACAGUUCCACUUCACCGGCUGGCCUGAUCACGGCGUCCCGUACCAUGCCACGGGGCUACUGGGCUUCGUACGGCAGGUCAAGUCCAAGAAUCCCCCCAACGCAGGCCCUUUGGUUGUGCACUGCAGUGCUGGGGCCGGGCGGACUGGCUGUUUCAUCGUCAUUGACAUCAUGCUGGACAUGGCAGAGAGAGAAGGAGUGGUGGACAUCUACAACUGUGUCCGGGAGCUGCGCUCACGGAGGGUGAACAUGGUGCAGACGGAGGAGCAGUAUGUGUUCAUCCACGACGCCAUCCUGGAAGCCUGCCUUUGUGGAGAUACCUCUGUCCCUGCUUCCCAAGUGAGGUCACUGUACUAUGACAUGAACAAACUGGACCCUCAGACAAAUUCCAGCCAAAUUAAAGAGGAAUUCCGGACCCUAAAUAUGGUGACACCCACAUUGCGAGUAGAAGACUGCAGUAUAGCGCUUUUGCCACGGAACCACGAGAAGAACCGGUGCAUGGACAUCCUGCCCCCAGACCGCUGCCUGCCCUUCCUCAUCACCAUCGAUGGGGAGAGCAGCAACUACAUCAAUGCUGCCCUGAUGGACAGCUAUAAACAACCUUCAGCUUUCAUUGUCACCCAGCAUCCUUUGCCAAACACAGUUAAGGACUUCUGGCGGCUGGUCCUAGAUUAUCACUGCACGUCGGUAGUUAUGCUAAACGAUGUGGAUCCCGCCCAGCUAUGUCCCCAGUACUGGCCAGAAAACGGUGUCCACAGGCACGGUCCCAUCCAGGUGGAGUUUGUUUCUGCUGACUUGGAAGAGGACAUCAUCAGCAGAAUAUUCCGCAUCUACAAUGCAGCGCGGCCCCAAGACGGGUACCGAAUGGUACAGCAGUUCCAGUUCCUGGGCUGGCCCAUGUACAGGGACACGCCGGUGUCCAAACGGUCCUUCCUGAAGCUCAUACGCCAGGUGGACAAGUGGCAGGAGGAGUACAACGGCGGGGAGGGCCGCACAGUGGUGCACUGCCUAAACGGAGGGGGCCGCAGCGGGACGUUCUGUGCAAUCAGCAUUGUCUGUGAGAUGUUGAGGCACCAGAGAGCGGUGGACGUCUUCCACGCGGUGAAGACUCUGAGGAACAACAAGCCCAACAUGGUGGACCUUCUGGAUCAGUACAAGUUCUGCUACGAGGUGGCCCUGGAAUACUUGAAUUCUGGCUGACAUCCCAGCAUCUCUCAAGCAAACCCUCUCUACCGCAAAGCCAAGGCACUCCACAGUGUUUGCCUGCAGGAGACAGCAAUUUCUCAAUAUACUUAUUCUGCUUUGCCUAACUGACUCUCUGAGAGUAAGGAAGGGGCUGUAACUGCCUGCACUGCCCAGUUCCCACAGUCAUGCUGCCGCCUGGCAGCCCCACUCUGCACCACAGUGGUCAUAUGCCCCUUGCCAACACCAGCCUGGGGGACAGACCAGACGCUAGCCGAUUGUAGAGCACAACUAUAUUCUUAUGAAGGAAUUUGUACCUUUAGGGUAUUAUUUUGUGGCCCGUGACCCUUUGUUAUUGUUACAGCUAAGUGUACAUUUUUGUUCUGUGGAGAAUGCUACCUGGCAUUAUGAUAUUAUUUUAGUUAAUAUUUGUAUUUUAACAUGUUGCAUAGCAUAAGCAUAUGUAGCUUUGCAGGACUAACACAGACCUAUAAUGAACAGAGCUAUGUUGUAUGAGUUGCUGUUUCUAUCAGAUUUGUAUGAAUUCCAAGGGAAAAGCCAGGAAGGAACUCAGUUCAAAAACGUAAACCCUGAUAAUCAGAUUCAAAGAUCCAGAGCUUUUGCAUUUGUUUAUAUUGUAAAUACUUUUGAUUUCUCCAAAUUAUUUAUUCAUUAAAGGAAAAUUUUGUGAAGCACA